UGCCUGAAAUGCUGCCGUGCGGAGAAAAGAAGGAUCUCAAGAACUGCUCUCUUUUCAUUUCAAAUACCGCUAUCAACUUGUGCAUUGGUCAAGGCUGGGGACAUUUGACCGCAACAGAACGCGUUCCUGAAUUUGUGAACUUACUGCAGGAGUGAUGCCGAAUUUUACUGAUAUCAUAACCGAAACUCAUCAGCGAAGAAAGACACGAAGCUUGUCUGAACCAAUCAGGCUCAGCUAGUGCUCAAAGGUGAAGUGUUAUCAUGGCGCAACGGCACUGUGCGCUAGCGCAUCGGCUGGUGGCUGCUUUAUGCUACGUCGGCGCCAUUGUAUCAAAGGCUGCCCCGCUGGACCCAGAUUAUAAGUCUGCCAAUACAACGGAAAAAUGCUACAAGUGCGUGGGUUGCUUCAACAGCUUGGACGACACGCUCAUGCACCCGGCAGCUUUCCCCGCCAACCCUGCCUCGGUCAAGACCACGUUCAAGCUUUUCUCACGCCAGAACCGCGGCAUCUUCGUGGAACUGCAGUACUGCGCGGGUCGCACGCUACGGGGCAAGUCCCAGUUCCAAAAGAAGAAGCCGCUGAUAUUUCUGGUGCAUGGUUACACGCAGAGUGGUACAGAUAUUUGGAUCCAGGACAUCAAGAACGCCCUCUUGAACGAAGCUGACUGUAACGUCAUCAUCGUCGACUGGGGUAUUGGCGCGAGGGGCUUUGAUUACCUCAAGGCGGUGGCCAACACUGCGCUCGUUGGUCGCGAGAUGUUUCUGCUACUACAACGGCUCAUGAAACGGCACCCAACCACGCUCGGGCCUGACCAGGUGCACGUCAUUGGAUUCAGUCUCGGGGCACACGUCGCCGGUUUCUUCGCUCGCAACUUCAAGCGCGCGACAGGCCAAACCAUCUGGCGCAUCACCGCACUGGACCCUGCUGGUCCGCUAUUUGCUGGUACGAGAAUGUGCGUCAGCAAGGAGGACGCCCGUUUCGUCGACGUCAUCCACACCAGCGGUAAUGGCGACUUCUUUAAGGGCCACUUGGGCAUAGACACACCUAUCGGGGACGUUGAUUUUUACCCAAACGGUGGGAAGGAGCAACCUGGCUGCGUAAUGCCUAUGCCCUGCUACCACCUGCGAGCGACGGCUUAUUUUCUCGAGUCCCUCCGCAACAAGAAAUGCAAGUUCGUGUCUGCAACAUGUGAAGACGGGUUCCUGGCAAUGAAGAGAGGCUCUUGCGAGACCGGUGCAGACUCUGGGCUAAUGGGUUACUACAGCUACAAGGCUGCCGGUAGGGGAGUCCAGAUGCUCCUUACCAACGCGCGCCCAGAGUAUUGCAAUUCGACCAAGGGCCGAAUGCUCAAAAGCAGUGCACUUGAAUAAGGAAACAUAUGCGCGGGUCCAUAGCAGAAAGCCUUGCAAGUGAAUAGUCUACAUUCUUCGAUGGUCACACCUCAUCGACAGAGUUCAUCGUCGUCAUUCUUUUUUUCUUAUCUUUUAGCUUUCGUCAUAAAACUUAUUGUUCUAA